UGAGGGUGAAUGAAACUUGAAGACUGGAAAAGAGGCAGGGAGAAGAGGUGAAGCUCUUGAGAUUCUGUCGCUCACUUCAUUUAACAUCUGCUGAAGAACUAGUUGGAUAACCAAAGUGAGAUCGUUAAACCUGGAUGUACAUACUCCUCAGUGGUUUGGAUGUUAUACCUAUGGAUACCACUUUAGCAGGAGCAGAUGCAUGUUCCCAAUACUCUAAUAUGCACACUGAAACUGUAAAAUGGACCGAGGUGCGCAGGGAUCAUGGAGGAAACUGAGAGAAUGACAGUAAAGAACGGCUGCAUCUACUCCUCUGUCAACAGGAAAAAGAAGGGCGUCUUUGGUUGGAAAAAAGCUUCAGAGGGAAACAAGGAAGCUGAGCAAAAAAGAGUGGGGUCGCCAAAAAAACCCUUCACCCCAUUAGACAACCUCCUCCCCUCGGGUCCUUGGGAGGAACCGUCCACGAUGGCCAGACCUGCUGGAGGCAACAUCAAGGACAAGAUCUCCCUGUGGGAGGGCAAAGACUCCCCUCAUCCCCCUCUUGCCUCGGGUACUUUGGGCCGGUGUACCAAAAGGACAGACUCCUCAACAAAAAGCAACGGCAAAACCGUAGACACGCAGAGCGCUGAGAGCUGUAGGAGAGCGGCUCAUGAAGAGAAGCAGGGCCUCGGGAAAGAAAACGUAGGUCAGUGUGGAGAGUCGAGGUCUUGCUCGCCCGCUGAACCUGGGAAACUUCGUCGGGAUGUAAAUAGCGGCAAGCCGAGUGACAACCAGAUGAGGGAGGACUGUAGUAAGAGAUCUGGAGCUCAUAAAGAAAAGCAAGAUAGCGAGAAAGAGAAUUUAGAAAAUCUCAGGGAUUCAAGGCCUUGUUCGCCUUUAGCCACGAAGAAACAGCAGAUGGGGUCGCUUAGGAAAGAAAAGAGAGCGGGAGAACAACAGGAAAAGAGAGCCGUAUUCACUCUUUUUAAAAAACUGGAGGCCAUGGGGGAGAACCACGGGAAAACACCUCCAGAGCUAGGAAACUACUUCAGCCCCCCAGGCAGGGACAAACAGGUGGAAUUGAAGAGGAACGACCCUGAAUCUCCAGAGUCUUCCCGAACAAGAGAAGGGAAGGAGAGUCAGGAGAACGUGUACACAGAGCCGGGCGCACCUCCCAUCAACCCAGUCCCCAAACCUCAACGCACCUUCCAGCACCCGGCUCUUCCCCCCUCAGCAAAGAGUCAGAGGGAGGUGAGAGGCCUGAGGAACCUCCCCCCACUUCCAUCACCGUCCGCAGUAACUUCAUCAAAGCCUCCUUUAGGUUUCCACGGGAGAAGCAGGGCCGAGAGAGUCCGAGACAACGUCCACAGAAGAUCGUUGGAGUUUGAAGACUUUGUGGGGUCCAACAGCUCUCUCUUCACUCAAUCAUCGUCUCAGGAACAUCACUAUGAAGACAUCUUGGACUUGUCCAAGGAAAAUCCAUAUGAGGACAUAGAGCUGGAGAGUCAGUGCUCCCAGCAGUCGCUACCCUCCUCCCCCGGUGCCGACACCAACAAGGUGUCCAGACCCGGUUUCUUCAGGCAGAAUUCAGGCAGGAGCUUUAAGCUCCUGGACCUGAAGCGAGCCAACCAGCAGGCCCACAGAGCUGGGAGUGGCGUUUCAUCUCCGUCCCAGCUCAGCCCUCCGUCCACCCCGACCGGGUCUGAACACAACCCGUGGUUACCGGGAGACCCUUACAGCCGCACCUGUCGCAGGAUACCAACAGCUGUGUUGAGGAUCAACAGCAUAUUUGAGGCUCGGAGCAGGAAAAAGUACUUGAGAAGGAUCUAUCAUUACACUGAGACCAGUUCAGGAAGAGUAACUGAUGAAAACAGCGACUCAGAGAGUGAGAUUGAAGAGAGAUCCAAAGCUCACCGCCAGCGUCUGGUGUCAGUCAAGUCCAUACUGAGCCAGCCGAGCCAGGCUCGGGUCCACUACAACAGUUCAAACACCCGAGGCAGCGCCUCGGAUCAGGAGCUGCACCAGCGCAAGCUCUUCGAGUAUUUCCUGGUGGUGUCGCUGCAGAAGUCGAAGACUGGUGGCCACUAUGUGCCGGAGGUCACACAGCAGUUCCCCCCAAAGCUGGAACGAAGCUUCAAGUUCUUGAGGGAAACGGAGGAUCAGCUGAGGAUCAUUCCUCAGUUCUGCUUUCCUGAUGCGACAGACUGGGAGCCGGUGGAGACCCACCAGAGCGAGAUGUUCUCGUUUGUUCUGACUGGUGAAGACGGGAGCAGGAGGUUUGGAUACUGCCGGCGUUUACUGCCUAGCGGAAAAGGCAAGUGUCUGCCAGAGGUCUAUUGCAUUGUCAGUCACCUCGGCUGUUUCAACCUGUUCUCCAAGGUGUUGGAUGAGGUGGAGAGACGGAGGGCUCUGUCUCCGGCUCUGGUGCAGCCUUUUAUGAGAGCCAUCAUGGAGGCCCAGUUUCCAGCUCCUGGAAGAACCAUCAGCAUUAAAACUUUCCUCCCUGGUUCAGGCACUGAGGUGAUGGAGCUGUGUCGACCCUCCGACUCCCGCCUGGAGCACGUGGACUUUGAAUGUCUGUUCUCCUGUUUGAGUCUGCGCUUGCUCCUCAGGGUGUUUGGCUCCCUGCUGCUGGAACGACGGGUCAUUUUCACGGCAGACAAGCUCAGUACUCUCUCCCAGUGCUGCCAUGCUGUCGUGGCGCUACUUUACCCGUUCGUCUGGCAGCACACUUACAUCCCCGUGCUUCCCUCAGCUAUGCUGGACAUCGUCUGCACCCCGACGCCCUUCAUCGUCGGCCUGCUGUCCAGCUCCCUGCCUCAGCUCACCGAGCUUCCUCUGGAGGAGGUUCUCGUUGUGGAUCUUGGUAAUAGCCGAUUUCUCAGACAGUUGGAUGAUGAGGACUCAAUCCUGCCGUUCAAGCUCCAGUCCGCUCUGGAAGUUGUUCUGGAGAGGAGACGAGAACUUGCUCACGAGCGAGGAGGCAACACACCCAGCGACUCUGGCCACCUGAGCACCGUCGUCUCCGAGGCCUUCGUCCGAUUCUUCGUGGAGCUGGUCGGCCACUACCCGCUCUUCAUCACCGGCGAGCGGGAAGACGGCUACUCCUCCUCAUCCUCCUCCCCGGGUCACUGCUCGUUCCGGCGCGACGGUUUUCGGAAAGCGAUCCCAUCCAAGACCGUGCGGCGCUUCUUGGAGGUCUUCAUGGAGACGCAGAUGUUUGGCUGGUUCAUCCAGGAAAGGGAGCUCCACAGGCAGGCGCUGAGAGGCCUGUUUGAAGUGAGAGUGCAGGAAUAUCUGGACUCCAUCCACGAGAACGAGCACCGGAGGGUCAACAGAUUCCUCAAAGGCCUGGGAAACAAAAUGAAGUUUCUUUCCAAGAAAUAACACGACAGUAGUUGCAAGAGGGCGGUGCGGUGGCGUGGUGGUUAGCGCUGUCGUCUCGCAGCAAGAACGGUCCCGGGUUUGGAUCUCAGAUGACGUGUUUCGGGGGGGAAUUUGCAUGUUUUCCUCAUCCCUCCUCGUGUUUUCUCCCACAGCCCAAAAAUAUUAGACUGACUGAAGGUCUUAAGUGAACCAAAGAUACAAAUUUGCGUGGUUGUUUGAGUGU